CGAGGGGCGGCGGGGGGCGCUGACGCACGGCGGGGCGGGCGCGGCGCUAUAAAGCGGCGGCGGCGGCGGCGGGCGGCGGCGGCAGCACCAUGGAGAGCUGCCGGGCGCUGGCGCUCUGCGCCGUGGCGGCCGCGCUGCUGCUGGGCGCCCGCGGGCAGGGGCCGGGGCAGGGCCAGGGGCCGGGGCCGACCCCGACCCGCCGCGCCCGCGACCUGGAGCCUCUCGCCGGCGGCAGCGCCUCCCGAGAGAAGGAACUGAUCGAGGCGCUGCAGGAGGUGCUGGAGAAGCUGAAGAGCAAGAGGGUCCCGCACUACGAGAAGAAGUUCGGGCAGGUGCCCAUGUGCGACGCCGGGGAGCAGUGCGCCGUGAGGAAGGGGGCCCGCAUCGGGAAGCUCUGUGACUGCCCCCGGGGGACUUCGUGCAAUUCCUUCCUCCUCAAGUGCCUGUAAGCGGGGGCGCCCCGGGACGAGCCGCCGGGAGCGCAGGCACCGACGUCUCCCCGCCCCGACGUGCCGGCCCGGGGCGGCGGCGGCGACUUCCCGCGGCUCGUCCGACCGAGAAACGCAGCGAGAGCCCCCGCGUCGCCCGUGUAACGCCGUCCGUGACAUCCGACAUCCGUGGAGCUGUUUUCUUUCUCUCCCCGCCCCCCCUCCGCCCCCCCUUCUCCUUCCUCCCCUCUUUCCCCGUUUGAUUUUGUCCGUCCAGGAGAAAUCCAGCCCGUGCCUUGCCGAGUAGAGGCGCCGGUGCCGGGAGUUGCAGUGCCGUACCAGUGCAGAGCCGAGUCGUGCCGAGCCGUGCCUGGGAAUGGGGCUGGCCCCGUGCCCUGCCCCGAGGUGCCCGGCUCCUUUCCGAAGUGGGGAACGUCCACCCGCUGCUGGCCGGAGGGGCCAGGGCAAGGGGAUCCCCUGAGGGGUGUGCGGUGGGGGGCCGAUGUCUUCAAAGCAUCCUGACCCCCUUUUUCUUGCUCUGCAGCUGAGAGGGCCCAAGUGGGCACACCCCAGCGGGAGCGGUGCGCAGCCGGCGGUGGGGUUUCACAUGCGCUGCUGGCUUAGGCCGAGUCCAGCUGUGCUCACCGUGCACUGGAGAAAGUCCGGCAUGAGAUACCGUGGCGUUCAGGGGUCCGGCACGAACCUGGCUGGGGUGGGGCUGGGGGGAAAUCGGUUGCUUUACCGGAGCCACCACGGAGAGAAAGCUGUCUGGAUCGUUGCAAACUACCAGGGGAUAUCCUAGUCAUCUAGACCAAAUUGCUCACAUUUCUACAACGAACUGAUGUCUAUAAAUAUGUCUGUCCUCCACAGGUACACUGUGUGUUUCAGCAUACUCAUAAUGUAUUUUAAUCCUUUGUUUGUCUCUGUUAAUAAAGUCAUUGUUCUGAUGACA